AGGGUGUCCGAAGUAGGGCCGACGACUAUAUUUUUAUAGUAUAUAAAUUUCGGAUCGAUCGUCACUAGUAUUAUUACAAUCUGUCAGUUCGAUCAGCGAUCAUCAAACAAUAAAUUAUUAUCGUAUCAAAAAACUUAUCCACACAAUGGCGGCCAAAGCCUUAAUCAUUGCCUGUUUGGCCCUUCAAGCCAACAUCAUUGCUGGAUUAGAUUGCUCACCUUCAUAUUCGUCCGGAUAUGAACAGAAGGAAUAUUCUUCACACUCAGCUCCAUCAUAUGGUCCCAAGCCUCAGGCCUAUUCUGCUCUUUCUUCAUACUCAGCUCCGUCAUAUUCGGCCCCUUCCUACUCUGCCCCUUCAUAUUCUUCUCCAGCUUAUGGUAAACCACAAGCUUACUCUUAUCCUUCUUCGUACUCAGCUCCAUCAUACUCGGCACCAUCACACUCUGCCCCAUCAUAUUCGGCACCGUCACACUCUGCCCCAUCAUACUCGGCACCGUCACACUCUGCUCCAUCAUACUCUGCACCAUCAUACUCAGCACAAUCACACUCAGCUCCAUCAUACUCGGCACCAUCACACUCUGCCCCAUCAUACUCGGCACCGUCACACUCUGCUCCAUCAUACUCUGCACCAUCAUACUCUGCGCCUUCAUACUCUGCGCCUUCAUACUCCGCGCCAGCACACUCCACACCAGCACACUAUUCUCCCUCACACUCAGCUUCUUAUGGCAAGCCCCAAUCAUAUUCCGCUCCUUCUUAUAAUGCUCAAUCUUACUCUGCACCUUCAUACUCUACUCCAGCUUAUGGUAAACAACAAUCUUACUCAGCUCCUUCUUACUCCGCCCCAUCUUACUCUGCACCAGCUUACGGUAAGCAACAAUCUUACUCUGCUCCUUCUGCGUCUUAUGAACAACCCAAGUACCCAGUAUCCCAGUAUUCAGCUCCCUCAUACGAAGCUAAGCCACAAUCAUAUUCUGCUCCCACUCCGGCGUACAACAAAGAACCAUCCCACUCCGCAUCGGCCUACCCAUCUUACCCAAGCCAAAAAGCUCAUGCUGAAGAAUCUUACGCACCAAAACCGUACAAAUUUGAAUACAGCGUAAACGACGAACAUACUUAUGAUAUCAAAAGCCAAAAGGAAGAAAGUGACGGAUAUCAUGUAAAAGGAUACUAUACUUUGUUGGAGGCUGAUGGCUCCCGUAGAACAGUCGAGUAUACCGCAGAUGAAAAUGGUUUCAACGCGGACGUGAAAAAAGAAGAAGCUCAAGGUUACAACAAAGCAGCUCCAGCGUACAAUAAGGACUCCCAAGCAUAUAAAUCUGCACCAGCUGCUUACAGCGCACCAUCAUACAACAAACAAGAAUCGUCAUACGGUGCACAACCUUCUUAUAACGCACCUGCCUACAACAAACAAGAAUCGUCGUACGGUGCCCCAGCCAAACAAUCUCAAGAAUACGAAGCUCCGUCGUACUACAGACUUUUAUUUUAUAGAUCUUCGGUAGUUUUUAAAAGCAAGAAAAAUAACAUCGAACAACAAACCAAACAAACCAUGGCGUUCACUAUUUUUGCAGUUUCGGCAUGUCUAUUAUUGGUGGUCGCCAACGUCACUCCUAUCUCCGUACCAUCGUACCCAUCGCCAUCGGCUCCAUCGGCUCCAUCAUACUCGUCAGCUCCAUCAUACAGCCCAGCUCCGUCAUACAGUCCAGCUCCAUCAUACAGCCCCGCUCCAGCCUACAAACCAGCCCCAUCGUAUAGCCCAGCUCCAUCGUACAGCCCUGCCCCAGCGUACAAACCAGCCCCAGCAUACAAGCCAGCCCCAGCAUACAAGCCAGCCCCAGCCUACAAACCUGCACCUUCUUACUCUGCCCCGUCUUACUCAGCUCCGUCUUAUUCAGCUCCAUCUUACUCAGCUCCGUCGUAUUCAGCUCCAUCUUACUCAGCACCGUCUUACUCAGCACCGUCUUACUCAGCACCAUCUUACUCCUCGCCGUCUUACGCUGCCCCGGCAUACUCUGCACCGGCACCGUACAAAUCGCAAGAACCUGAGUACCCAGCCAAGCCAUACAGCUUUGACUACUCUGUCAACGACUACCAAACCGGUGAUGUCAAAAGCCAAGCCGAGUACAGUGAUGGCAAGAACGUGAAAGGUUACUAUAGCCUAAUCGAGGCUGACGGAACCAAAAGGAUCGUUGAAUAUACCGCUGACGAAUACGGUUUCAACGCCGUCGUCAAGAAGGAAGGAACUCCAUCUACGCCCCCGCCGCUCCAGCUUACAAGGCCCCAGCUUACCCAGCGGCCCCGGCUUACCCAGCAGCCCCCGCUUACUCGACCCCCGCCUAUUAAGAGUCCCCCACUAUGACUGUUCCCUUAUAGCUAUGCAUACGUUGCUUAAAAUAAAUGGCAAACGAUUGAAUAAUAAUAAUAAUAAUACACAGUACAUAAUAUUAAUAUGUACGACUUUAAUGUUUUGGAUUUGUACCAUCAUUGUUACAUAGUUUUGUACAGCAUGUAGGCACAGCUGUUUUUCGAGCUAGUAACAAAACAAUUAUUAUUAUUAUCAUUUAUUUAUUGUAUAGUCUUCCUUAUUUUUUUAUAUUUUUAUGGUUUACAAACUAUUUAUUUGUUACUUCUGUUUUUUUUUUUCUACUUUAAUAAAUAUUAUAGAAAAAUGAA